AUCAGAAAACACAUUGGCUGAAAGAUCAACAGUGCACUACAGGAUCUUUUCUCCUUAACCACAGAAAUGUCCUCAGAAAUGGAUGGAGCCCAGGUCUACCUGGUGACAGGAGGAUGCGGUUUUAUUGGGGAAAAGAUCACAGAGCUCCUGUCUCAACAAGACUACAUCAAAGAAGUCAGAGUUUUUGAUUCAGUAGCAAGAAAAGAAGUAGAAAAUUUUGCCACAGCUACCACUCAUGUGACAGUGAUGAAAGGAGACAUUCGAGACUACAAUCUGCUCCUUGCUGCCAUGCAGGGUGUUCACGUGGUUAUCCACACAGCUGCUAUUGUGGACUACAGAAACACUUUGCCCUUUUGGGAAAUGAAAGCUGUCAAUGUUGGGGGUACUGAAAAUGUGUUAAGGGCCUGCUGUGCCCUGAACAUCCCAUAUGUUGUCUACACAAGCUCCAUUGCUGCAGUGGGACCCAAUAUUUUGCACGAGCCCAUGCUCAGAGGAAAUGAGGACACCAAAUACAGCGGGGAAGUGGAGCUGCCUUAUGGGAAGACAAAGGCCAUGGCAGAAAGACUUGUAUUAGAAGCCAAUGGGAAAAAGCUCAGCAAUGGUGGUAAACUCACAACCUGCAUCAUCCGCGCAAACACAGUAUAUGGGGAGAAAGCAGUGUUCCUCCACGACUUGUAUUUGUCUGCCAAAGCCCAUCAUGGUGUGUUGAACUACCUGGAGCCUGAACACACAGAGCGCAAUUCCACGUAUGUGGGGAAUGUCGCAUGGAUGCAUGUUCUCGCAGCCAGGCACCUGCAGCUGAAACCAGACACACUCGCUGGGCAGGUGUAUUAUUCCUAUGAUGACACUCCGACAACAAAAGGUUUUCUGGUCAGGUAUCAGCUCUUGUCCUGUACGGACCCUUCAAUAAGACUGGGCUCACGCAUCCCAUACUGGAAGAUGUGGUUACUGAUACACCUGCACAGGAUAAUAGAGGUCAUCCUGUCCCCUUUCUGGAAGCCACGGCCUUUCCUAAACUUCCCUUUGCUGCACACGAUAGUCACCACCUUCUCCUAUGAGACAGACAAAGCCUUCAGGCACUUUGGGUACAAGCCCCUCUACAGCUGGCAGGAGAGCAAGGUCCGGACGGCACGGUGGCUGGAAGUGGCUGUGGGGAACCUGUCCUCUCAGUGAUGGAAAGAACCCUUCCUAAAGAUCCUGUUAUCCUUCAUAUGUGGCUUAUUACAUCUGUUUUGAAAUAUUAUCCCUAUAAAAAUAAACUCCUAUUCUCUUGCACUGACAGCACAGGGGCUGACUUGCAUCCAGCCCCAUGGUUGGAUGUCUGCAAGUUCAGGCAGUUUUCACCGGAGCUCGAAGAAAUGGGCUGUUUUUACAGAAGUGGUUAAAAUCCAAAAUUAAUUCUGUCGGUUUGAGACUGUUUAAGUACUCCUGUGUUCCGUGAACAUGUAAUCAUCUCUUGAGUUUUCCUACAGUUGAAGUGUAUGUGUGCACAAAUAAAAGCUCAUUUUAAUUACUUCCCUAAUCCUCCUGGAAAAAAAAAAAAUAGAAGCAAGUUUCAGCAUGGCAUCUUUGAUAGAAAUGAUCGAGAUUUGCUUCUUGUUAGUCAUAGUAAUUACCCUGGAAGGGAAGCGAAGGAAUACGCUGGGAGCUGCCAAGUGAACUCCAUGGAAAUUCACUCACAGGAGAGUUCUUUGCAAAAUGAGCUUCCAAACAAAAAAUAAUUUGCUCAGGUAAUUCGUGAAUAAUUUCAUAUGACAAAUAAAUCUGGGCCAAACCAUUACAAUCUGUUCACAGAGAAUUUGGGAAGGUGAACGGUGCAAGUUAUGAAAUCACAGAACGCUUUGAGUUGAGGGACCCUUCAGUGCCAUCUGGUCCCACUCCCUGCAGUGCACAGGGAUGCCCACAGCUCUCAGUUCCUCACAUUUUACUCUAAUAAUUUGUGCAGAGUGGUUUUAAAUAAAGUGAUUAGUAAGA